CUAUUUCCUAGUCUUCUAGUGAUAUUCACAAGUACAAUUCAAAACAUUCAACAAUGUCUGCUGAUGGAGCGAGGUUGGAAGAACUUGAAAAAACACUAAUUGCUAAAAACCUCUUUUUUGGAAAACAAUAUAUGGAAGCAUCGAAAAAAUACACUGAACUUAUUGAUCUAUGUCCAAAUAAACCAUUGUUCUAUGCAAAAAGAGCUGCUUGUUAUAUGAUGCUUGAUAAAUAUUCUCAUGCCUUGGAUGAUGCAAAGAAAUGUAUUGAAUUGGAUGUAAGAGUAAGCAAAGCAUAUGAAAGAGUUAUAAAAUGUUGCUUGGUUUUGGGAGAUAUUAUUCAGGCUGAAACUACUUUACCUAAGUUAUUAGAGAUUGAUCCUGAAAAUAAGGCAAUAACCACAGAGCAAAAAGACUUGGAAUAUGUAAAAAAAUUUCUUAAGGAUGCAGAUGCUGCAUAUGCUGCUAAGGACUACCGUAAAGUUGUAUAUUGUAUGGAUCGUUGUUGUGAUGUGAGUACUCAUUGUACACGAUUUAAACUAACUAAAGCAGAAUGUUUAGUAUUCUUGCGGAGAUAUCAGGAAGCAGAGGAAAUAGCAAAUAAUAUUUUGCAUCUGGAUAAGCAAAAUGUAGAUGCUAUAUAUGUUCGUGCUAUGUGUCUAUAUUAUCAAGAUAAUAUUGACAAGGCAUUUACAUAUUUCCAACAAGUACUUAGGUUAGCUCCAGACCAUGUCAAAGCAUUAGAAAUAUAUAAGCGAGCUAAAAAUUUGAAAAAGAAAAAGGAAGAUGGAAACAAUGCUUAUGAUAUGAAACUGUAUGAAGCAGCAUACAAAUUUUAUACAGAAGCCUUAACUAUAGAUCCCCAAAAUGUAGUAACAAAUUCAAAACUUCACUUUAAUAAAGCGAUAGUUGCAGCAAAGCUAGGUCGAUUAAAUGAAUCAGUAAUAGAAUGUACAGAAGCAUUAAAACUGGAUAAAUAUUAUGUUAAAGCUCUCCUGAGAAGAGCAGCUUCUUAUAUGGAACUUAAAGAAUAUGAGGAAGCUGUUCAUGAUCUUGAGAAUGUUUGCCAAAUGGAUAAGAGUUUGGAUAAUAAACGACUGCUGAAGGAAGCUAUGUUAGCAUUAAAGAAAUCAAAAAGGAAAGAUUACUAUAAGAUUUUAGGUAUCGACAAGAACGCAUCAACUGAUGAUAUUAAAAAAGCGUAUAGGAAACGAGCAAUGGUACAUCAUCCUGAUCGACAUCCUAAUGCAACUGAAGGGGAAAAGAAAGAACAAGAAAAGAAAUUUAAAGAAGUUGGAGAAGCUUAUGGAAUUCUGUCUGAUCCCAAAAAACGGUCGUGUUAUGACAGUGGACAUGAUAUUGAUGAGAGAUUCCAAGAAAACAGUUAAAAUACACUAGGCAAAAUGAUAGCACAAAUAUAAAAAACAGAUAUGACUCCGAAC